AUGUCCACAAACACUACCAACCAGCACAGUGCCGCCUUAAGCAACUCCGGCGACGAAGCUCCCGGCCCGCACAACUCCCCUUCCACGCCUAGCUCGCCCGGCUCGCCCGGCUCGCCCGCCUCGUCCACCGUCUCGUCCUCUAGCGACUCCGACGCUUUCGACCUCACCAUCGACAAUAUCCUACGCCUACUCGCUACGCGUGCCCCUCCCGCCGCGCAGCAGCAGCAGCAGCAGGUCGCGAGCAGCGCCGCGCAUGUCACACCGGCCGCGACCAUCGUCCCCACCAUCACAUUUACCCCCGUCACGGCAGUAACCACGGGCACGAACCACCCCGUCCCUACCGCUGCGAGCACGACGUCGACAGCGCCGGCUCCAGCUCCAGCUCCGGCUCCGGCCCUCCCCCCCCUCCCGCCCCGCCCCAGUGUCAGCCCCAUCACGCCGCUGAUGCCGUAUCUCACGCCCACGGGAGUGCACGACAGCGACAGCGACGUCGAGGAUUUUUUCCUCUCGCAUCAUGAUGACUCGCUUCCUCACCCUACCGAGGAGGGUGUGCAAUACCACCAUUACGACCACCACCACCACCUCUCCGCCCCCGCCUCCGCCUCGGCGCCCGCUACUACUACGGCGCACCUCGUCUACCCCCGCGCCCGCGCCACUACAUCCACCCCACACGCGACGUACCCCUUCUCAGCCGCGCAGAUCGCGGCCGCGCAGACGUACGUAAGGGGCGUGCUGCUAGCGCGUUUGAGGGGCUUGGUGGGUAAGUAGGGGUAUACGUGCUUGCUGCUGCUAUACCUAAGGGGGUAGCGUACGUAGGGUACUGCGGAGAGGUACGGGGGGAUGUAGGGAGAUUUAGAGUAGUACGGGGGUUUUUUGAGUUGGGGUAGGUAGUUUGGCUUUUGUUCGUGCGGGGCGAGGGAUGGUGGGGUUUAUAGGUUCGUUUAUGCGGGUUUGCUGAGGAUAAAUAUACGCGUAAGCUUGCCCUUCUUAAACGCUAUUAAGACUUCUGCGCUUCCUCCCGCCUUGCUACUUCCUGUGCUAAUAUAUCUCUUCUUCGUUAUCUUCCGGGUCGGUGAUAUGCGUGCAGUAUAGCCGUUAGGAGGAAGUCCGCUAUCUACUCUGCGUAGGGAUAGAAAGUCCUUUC